AUGAGUGAAAAUAAUGAAAAUGAAGAGCAAUUAAAUAAAAAAAGGGAAACAUCCACUUCUAAUGAUGAAGAUGUUGAUAAAAUUAAUAAUAAAAAAUUAAAAUCAAAAACUAAAGAAUUACCAUUUGAACAGUUAUAUUUAGAUAGGUUACCAAAUUCUUUAAUGUAUGAAAAAAGUUUUAUGCAUAAAGAUAUUUGUACAUUUAUAGCUGUUAGUAAAUCAGACUUUAUAGUUAGUACAGAUAUAUUAGGAUAUGUUAAAUUUUGGAAGAAACAACCUAUUGGUAUUGAAUUUGUUAAAACAUUUAAAUCACAUGUUGGACCAGUUUCAUCACUUUCAAUAUCAUUCGAUGGUCAAUUAUUAUGUACAGUUGGAUUUGAUAAAAAUGUUAGAAUAUUUGAUAUUAAAAAUUUUGAUCUUAUAAAUUCAUUUAAAGUACCUUUCUUACCAUUAACUUGUGAAUGGGUUUAUGGUGUAAAUUCAAGUAAAACCUUAAUUGCAAUAUCAUCAAGAGAAUCAUCAAUAAUUAAUUUAUAUGAUUCAAAAUCAGAUGAUACAAGUGGUAAACCAUUACAUAUUGUUGAAUUACAUAAUAAAAGUGUACAUUUAAUUAAAUUUAAUCAACAAUUUCAAAGUGUAAUUAGUUGUGAUAUUGGUGGGUCUGUUGAAUAUUGGGAUAUUGAGGAACCAUUUGAUCAACCGACAAAUGUUAAUUUUCAAAUGAAAUUAGAGACAGAUUUAUAUGAUUUUGAAAAACAAUCAACAUUGCCAAUUAGUUUAGAGAUAAGUGGUGAUGGUAAAUAUUUAUCAACUAUGGGUAGAGAUAAAAAGAUUAGAAUAUUCAAUUAUAAGAGCGGUAAAUUGUAUAGAGUGUACGAUGAAUCGUUUGCAGUGUUACAACAAAUUCAAAAGACAGAAGACCCAAUUUACCAUUUAGAUUACGCUGAUUUCGGUAGAAGAUUAGCCAUUGAGAAAGAGAUUGAUACAAUGUACGAUCAAUUUUUAAAUAACAUAACAAGCAAGCAAUCACCACCUUUGAAUUCCAUAUUAUUCGAUGAGAGUAAUAACUUUUUAAUUUAUUCAACAUUGGUUGGUAUAAAAUUUGUAAAUAUUAAAACCAAUAAAGUUGUAAGAGUUUUAGGUAAAAUUGAAAAUUCAACUAGAUUCUUAGGCUUGUCGCUAUACCAAGGGAAGAAUGAGGGUGAUGUUACAUUGGGUACUAAAAAGAGGGAUACGGAAAAUGACCCAACCUUGUUUUGUCUAUCUUUUAAGAAACAAAGAUUCUACAUGUUCACAAGAAGAGAGCCAGAGGAUAACGAUAACCCAGAUUAUGGUAGAGACGUGUUUAAUGAGAAAGUCACAAAAGAUGAACAAUUACUCAUACAAAAUGCUCAAAGACAGUUGCCAAGGAAUGCUAUCAUUCAUACGAGUUUGGGUGACAUUCAUAUCAUGUUGUAUCCUGACGAGUGUCCAAAAACUGUUGAGAAUUUUACAACUCAUUCAAAGAAUAAUUAUUAUAAUGGUGUGAUUUUUCAUCGUGUUAUCAAGGGUUUCAUGAUUCAAACUGGUGAUCCUCAAGGAACAGGUUACGGUGGUGACUCCAUUUGGAAGAAAGAAUUUGAAGAUGAAUUCAAUCGUAACUUACGUCAUGAUAGACCUUUCACCCUUUCAAUGGCAAAUGCUGGUCCAAAUACAAAUGGUAGUCAAUUCUUUAUUACAACUGUACCUGUCACUCGUUUAGAUAAUAAACAUACUGUAUUUGGUCGUGUAUAUAAAGGUACUGAAGUUGUAACUGCAAUUGAAAAAUCAAAAACUGAUCAAGAUGAUAAACCUUUAAAUGAUAUUUCAAUCUUAAAUAUUAAAAUUACUCAAGAUGUUCCUCUUGAAUUUCAAAAUAAAAAAAUUUAA